CCGUUCCCGCCACUUCACGGAGGCGCCGCCGCCGCCGCGUGAUGACGCAAGCGAGCGGCCAUUACACAGCAGGCGCAGAGCAGUGACGUCAUAACCGCGCGCCUCGGUGGAGGCCCGAGCGUGGGGCCGGGGCGGGAGAGUGUCCCGGGAUGCGGCGCUGACUCUCCCAUGGCCGCUCACCUGUUCGGCCGCUGCUGCCGGCGGCUGCUGCCGCUGCGAUCCCCGGCCGGGCCCGCCCCGCUACCGGCACCGGCGCCGCGCUCCGAGGGCCCCCGGGAGCUGAUCCGGGGCCCGGCCGCUACCGAGCGGGAGCUGCGGGAGCUGAUCCGGGGCGCGGGCAGCCCCCAGGAGCUGCUGCGGCUCGGGCCCGCGCUCGGUGGGAACCUGGCGGCGCUGGCCAUCGGCCGGCUGGCACGGAUCAGCUCCCGGCAGCGCCUGGACACUGCCACCAUCCGCGGGGACCCGCGGUUCCAGCAGCUGCUGCGUGCUGUGGAUGCACAGAUCUCUCAGGUGUGGAACACGGCGCUGGUGCAGCUGCUGCGGAGCCUGCAUGCGCUGGGGCUGGCUGCAGACGGGCAGCAGGUGCGCUCGGUGGAGCAGGAGGUGCUGUGGCGGCUGCGGCGCCUGCCCCUGCGGCAGCUGGCACACCUGGCCGAGCACCUGGCGGGGCAGGGCGGGGACAGCCCCCUGCUGCCCGAGGUGCUGCGCAAGCUGGAGCUGCGCUGGACCGAGCUGGACGGCGCCCGCAGCGUGGUGACGCUCAUGGCCAAGGUGGGACACCUGUCCCCCGCCCUGAUGGAGCGCCUGGAGGACAAGGCGCUGGAGCUGGCGGAGCAGUUUGAUGCGGAGGAGCUGUGCCGCGUGGCGCUGGCGCUGGCGCUGCAGCAGCGUCGCAGCGUGCCGCUGCUGCGGGCGGUGUCGUACCACCUGCUGCAGAAACCCGCCCAGCUGCCCCUGCCCGUGCUCACCGACCUGCUCUUCGCCUUCAGUAAACUGAGCUUCCAGCAGCCGCAGGUGCUGCACCGCCUGGCACAGGAGCUGCAGCCUCACCUGGGCAGCCUCAGCCCCGCGCAGGUGUCGCGCUGUGCCCGCUCCUUCGCCAGCCUGCGCUGGCUCAGCCGGCCCCUCGCCGAGGCCAUCGCCCAGUACUGCCUGGAGAACACGCAGGACCUGUCCCUCACCCAGCUCUGCGGGAUCCUCGUGUCCUUCGCCCGCCUCGACUUCCAGCCCAGCUCCAGCCAGGAGUUCUUCUCCAUGGUCCGGGAGCGGCUGCAGGGGCGGGAGCAGGAGCUGGACGUGCACCUGCUGACGGACGUGGUGUGGUCCCUGUGUGUCCUGCAGCAGCCUCGGGCCACUCACCUGCGCCAGGUGCUGGCCCCCGACUUCCACAGCCGCCUCCAGGGUGACAGCUCCCCGCGGGCACAGAGCUCCCGGCUGAAGCUGCUGCACAUCAACGCCACGGCCAGGCUGGAGACCCCCGGCUACCAGGGGCCCUUCCUGCCCCCCGAGGCGCUGGGGGGACACGGGGACAGGGACAGGGACAGGGACAAGGCCACCCCCCUGCAGAGGGGGCUGCGGGAGGCGCUGCCGGGGGCGCUGGGGGGCCACGACCUCGUCCGGUACGAUGUGAGCACGGUGUACGGCUGGGACAUCGACGCCGAGGUGCUGCUGGACAGCGAGCACAGAGCGCUGCCCCCGAGGGACUUCAGUGCCCCACAUCUGCCCCACAGCGAGGGGACAAAGCCACUGCCACCAGGGGCCAGGAGGGUGGCCGUGCCCUGUCCCUGUCCCCAGGGUGGCCGUGCCCUGUCCCUGUCCCCAGGGGGGCCGUGCCCUGUCCCUGUCCCCAGGGUGGCCGUGCCCAGUGCCCUGUCCCUGUCCCUGUCCCCAGGGUGGCUGUGCCCUGUCCCUGUCCCCAGGGUGGCCAUGCCCUGUCCCUGUCCCUGUCCCCAGGGGGGCCGUGCCCAGUGCCCUGUCCCCAGGGUGGCCGUGCCCUGUCCCUGUCCCCAGGGUGGCUGUGCCCAGUGCCCUGUCCCUGUCCCUGUCCCCAGGGUGGCCGUGCUGCGCUGGGAGCUGCCGCAGUUCAGCUCUCGGGGCCGGGAGCUGCUGGGCCGGGGCUCCAUGGCCCGCAGGCACCUGCGAGCGGCCGGAUUCCUGCUGGCCGAGGUGCCCCACUACGAGUUCCUGGAGCUGAAGCUGGAGCGGCAGCGCGUGGCCUACCUCAAGGACAAGGUGGCCAAGGCCCUGGCCAGUGACACUGCAGGUGACACGGCCACCGACACGGCCGCCUGAGCCGCCCGCGUGGCCUCGCCUCAGGCAGGUGCCACGUCCCUGUGCCAAUGUGAACGGGUCACCGUGCCCGGGUGGCCCUGUCACUGUGCCUGGGUGGCCAUGUCACCAUGCUCAGGUGGCCGUGUCACCACAGUGAGGUGGUCACAUCACCCUGUCACCGUGCCUGGGUGGCCAUGUCACCGUGCCUGGGUGGCCAUGUCACCGUGGCGAGGUGGUCACAUCACCAGGUCACCGUGCCCAGGUGGCCACGUCACCGCAGCGAGGUGGUCACAUCACGGGGUCACCGUGCCCGGGUGGCCCUGUCACCGCAGUGAGGUCCCCGAUGUCCCCACGUGGCUCCAGCCUUGCUGCUCCGUGGCACAAACGGCUCAAAUAAACCCAAAGCUGUACAGGGA